GUGCAGCAAAGUGCAGUAUAACCAUAACUUAUUUCAUAUCGAAUAACUUCGCUCACAUCGAAGUCUAAAGAAGCAUCAAAAAUGACCACUUCGACUCGCUUCAAUUCGCUUCACGAUAAUUGAACUAUUUUCGACGCUUUCAAUUUUCGCAAUUUUGCAUAUUUAUGAAAAGCUGCAGCAGAUGUUACGACUGGUUCCAGAACCCUUCCCUCCCUCGCAUACUUGUGACAAAUGCCCUCCAAGACAAGAUCAUUGCUCGAGCUCACCAGGCUUCAUUGGUUUCCAGUGGGGUCCGACUGCAUUAUCUGGCCCUUCGCGUGGGGCUCGCUGGCGGCAUCAUACCAUGUUGCAUUGCCCAUGAACGAAGUUGUCACGAACACUCUGUUCUAUGCGUUAUUGGGCACACUGAUACAUUGUGCGGCCUGCAUCAUAAAUGACGUGCUUGAUCGCGAGUUCGAUCGCAAAGUUGAACGUUCAAAAAAUCGACCGAUCGCGUCGGGAGCUGUUACUGUGCUAGAGGCCUCGGUUCUUCUGAUCGUGUUCGUUGUUGCCAUCUUCUAUAUGUUUUCCACUGCCGGCCCUACAGCACUCUCACUCGGUGUUUUCGGUCUCCCUGCUUGUGGCGGGACGUAUCCACUAAUGAAGCGCUGGAUGCAUUGGCCGUCUUUGUACCUUGGUUUUGCUGCAAGCUGGGCCGUCCCAUUCACGUGGGUGGCCAUCACGGGUGAGUUUGAUUGGGGCAUGAUUCUGAACGUCGGAAUUGCGUCAUGUUGCUGGACGUGUCUUUACGACACUAUUUACGCGUGUCAGGACAAGAAGGACGACGUAAAAGCUGGAGUAAAGUCCAUGGCGGUCCAUCUAGGCGAUGGCAUUCGUCUUGCAUUGAGCGUAUUUGGUGCAACGUUCUUUGCGUGUCUUCUGUGGGCUGGGUAUUUGAAUGGCCAGCACCUACCGUUCUACGUGAUGAGCGUCGUUGCUCCCUUCCUCCUCUGUCUAUGGCACAUAUGGUCAUUUGACCAUAAUGAUCCACUAGACAGCUGGAAGAAAUUCAAGGCAGGUCGCCAUGGCGCAGCGUUGGUGUGUGCAGGAUUGGUCGUGGAUCACUACUGCAAGCUUGUGUCCCUAACCGUUUGAGCAUGCGGUUUCAUCUCAGCCUGGAUUUAAGUUGGCGCCUUCGACUAUCACUUUAACCCUUUCAUUUUUUUUAUCCUACAGUAUCGCUUAUGUUUUUCGAUCUACCAAGUCUUGACGCAGACAUUGGGGAUAUUGUAGUUGUGAUAAUCAUAUCCAGAUGGUAGGCUUGUAUCAACACUUCCUGCAUAAAGACCCCUGUAUGGUAGUAGGGGGAUGUGUGAUAUCUAACACCACCCAGGAGCUAUAUCGAUACAACAUCAGGGAAACAUAAUUUGCUACAGAGUGUAAUACUUAAUCCACC